GAACAGAACACAACACUAACAAAAACAAAACAAUUAUUUUCUAAGGCAAAAACGUGAGACUCACCUCUACAUUUCCCAACAGACCGUUCUUCAUUCAGCACGAUUUCCCACGAGCUCGACAACAAGGUUGCCUUCAUCACGGGCGCCGGUGCCGGUCUCGGCCACGGCAUCUCCGAGCUGUGCUUUGAGCGCGGCUGCAGUGUGUUUCUGACGGACGUGAAUGGCGCCUCGGUUGAGAAGCUGGCCGCCACGCUGAACGCCGGUAAACACGCCGUGGAGGGUCAGCGCGCGGUGGCGGCAGCGCUGGACGUGUCGAACGAACAGCAGUGGGCGACAGUGAUGGACGCGUGCAAGAGUGCCUUUGGCCGCGUUGAUGUGCUGGUGUGCAACGCUGGCAUCAUGAUCAUGUCCGACUUGGAGAGCACGACGUUGAACGUCUGGAACAAGACGAUGAACAUCAACGCCCUCGCCACCUUCCUCGGCAUUCGCACUGUGGCCCCGCUGGUGAAGGUGCAGGGCGGUGGCAGCAUCGUGUGCACCGCUUCAACAGGCGCCGUGCGCGGCGGUGCUCUCCUGGCCGCCUACUGCGCCAGCAAGGGUGCGGUGCGGAUGCUGUGCAAGUCGCUCGCGCUGGAGCUCAUCCCCUUCAACAUUCGCGUCAACAUUAUCAAUCCCGGCACCUGUGAUACACCGAUGGUUGGUCGCACGGCUACCGAGCUGGGCAAACGGCCGUCAGACAUGGGUAUCGUGGCACCGAUUGGACGUCUAGCCCAGCCGCGUGAGAUUGCCGAGGCCGUCGUGUAUCUUGCGUCGGACCGCGUCUCGUACAUGAUGGGUGUAGACAUGACGAUGGACAGCGGGAACUCAUGCGGCCUGACAGGCAGCUCCCCAGUGUGA